GUUGCGGACGGAAGAGAUUAUCUUUGGGAACAGGAUUAAUUCAAAAGUGAUUAAAAAUGAACAUAAUACCAAAGCAGUACCUUUUAUCAUCUCUAGUUGGUAUUUCUUUUACAAGUUUGAGUCUCGCUUUAGUGUACUGUUGGUAUAAGCAUGAUGAUAGAACAAAAAACUGUGUACAUAAUGCUCGGCCUAAGUUAAAAAGAGAAAUAAAGAUAAAAAGAAAGUGCAUACCUGCUCUAAUUGGAAAAGCCGGUUUAAUAAUAAAAGAUAUUCAGAAUAAAUCUGAAACCUGGAUAAAUUUCCAAGAUGAUGAUUUAAAAUAUUCUGAUCGUAUAUGCACAAUUGUAGGAACUAAAGAAGGCAUAGAUUUAGCUGAAGCUAUGAUAGAAAAUAUAAUAGCAGAUCAUGCACUUAUUGAGACAUAUGAAAUGUAUGUACCUGUAAAAGAAUGUAAUAGAAUAAUUGGACUGUGUGGUAGUGAGGAAGAUAGAGUAUAUAUAAAUACACAAACAUACGCAAAUAUUAUUGUGGAUAAAACGUUGUAUCCAACAGAUAAUAAGCAAAAACUAAUAAUAAACGGUACUGCUAAUCAAAUUGCAGAUGCAAUACAUUAUAUCGAAUCAAAAGUUCUAGAACAGAGAUUUAAAGAAAAGGAAGUAUCUUCCUAUAAAAACAUAUAUCAUCGUAUAGAUACACAAUUAGCAACGUUUUCAUUUGAUGAAGUGGAAAAUAUAGACGUAUAUGUAACAGAAAUCAAAAAUGUCCAAACUAUCUGUAUUCGAUUGGUCUCUGAAAAUGAAUCUUUACUUAAAUUACAUGAUGAUAUGGCAGAUUACUAUAAAAAACUUGAAAAUCGUCAACAGCACAGAUUGAAAAUUAUAAAUAGGGGAGAUAUAGUAGCAGCAAAAUGCAAAGAUGAUGGAUGUUGGUACAGAGCUGAAGUAUUAAACGUAUACUAUUCAUAUGUAUGUGUUCACUAUAUAGAUUUUGGAUAUGAAAGAACAAUACACCAGAAGAAUAUACUGUGUCUUUAUUCCAAGUUCAGUGAUCUCAAAGCACAAGCCAUUGAAUGUGAACUAAUUUUUGUUAAAAUAAUUGGCGAUAACACUUUUGAGAAGAAAACAGUUGAAAAAUUAAAAAAUUUGAUUAUGGAGCCUAAGAAGGAAUUCCGUGCACGUAUUCGGGGUUAUACAAGAAGAAACAUAUCUAUGGGAAAAUUAUAUCCUGUAAAUUCACCACGUCCAUUGAUCGACCUCUUUAAUGAUAAGAACAAUUUAAUAAAUGAUCUAUUGAUCAGGAAAGGAUACGCAAGUAGAUGUGAUUAUACAGAUUUGGCAGUACACCUAAUUCCAUGGGAGCUUUUUUCGAAUAAAUGGGCUAUAAAACCGUAUAGCAGAGAUACACAGUUUAAUGAAUUUGAUCUAUCUAAGGAAAUAUAUGUUCAUUCUGAGGAUGAAGAACACGAACAGAGAUCUUAUAAACCGAAAUUAUAUGAUCGUGGGCCCAAAUAUGCAAUUAAAAAUGAUGAAAAUGGCGGUUGGUAUAGUGUACAAAAUAGUGAAGACGAAUAUUAUGAUAAUAAAGAUUGGUAUUGUCAAAACGGUUUGGAAGAAGAAUACUACAAAAAUGGAGGUUGGAAUAGCGAUGAGGAAUCGUCGGACUGGGGAGAGGAAAACGAUGCAGAUUGUAGAGAGUAUGAUAGACAUUCGGAGAGCAUAGAAAAUUUAUGGAGAGAAUAUUGGGAGGGGAGAGAAGAAGAAUGGAACAGAAGAGAAAGGUUGGAACAAGAAAGAUUAGCAAAGAUGACCGAGGAAGAGCUAGAAGAAGAGAUGGAUCGAAAAGAAGAAGCGGAGUUGGAAAGACAAGCGGAAUUAGAGGAAAAACGACUAUUUGGAUCGCUAUUCCACGGUGGAUUCGAUUGCGUUAGUAGCUCAGACAAACUGUUCUUUCCGGGAAGUCGUUUUAUCAAAGAUGGUGAUACAUUAAUAUUUGAUGAUAGACCAACGAGUGAACGAAUAUUGGAGAAACGACAACAAAGAGCAAUAGAACGAGAAAAAAGGAAAUUAGAACGACAAAGGCUGAGGCAAGAGAAAAAACAGAAAGAAAAUGAAAGUUCCGAUAACAAAAAUGAUAACGAAAAUGAAUGUGAUAAAAAAGAAAGUUCUGGCGAUAAGAACGAUCUCAAAAACAAAUGCGAUAUUAACGGAAGUUCCAAUAAUAUAAACAAUGAUAAAAAUAUAAAUUCCGAUAAUAAAAACGAUCAAGAAAAUGAAUAUGAUGCAAAUAAUAAAAGUGCCGACACUAAAAACGAUGAUAAAAACGAACGGGAUCAAAAUGAGAUUUCCAAUCAUAACAACGAUCAAAAAAAAGAACACGAUAAAGAUCGAAGUGCCGAUCAUAAAAAUUAUCACAAAAAUAAAAAUGGAAUUUCCGAUCAUAGAAAUAAUCGCGGAAAACAAUGCAGUGCAAAACUCAAAAAUCUGGAAUUAAAUAAUUCGUCUCAUCUAAUUCCUGCUGGAUUUGAGAGUGACAUAUCCGAUGAAUUCGACGGUUUUGAAUUAGGAUAGAUAUGUUGUCUACUAUAAACCUAAAAUUUUCAUAAUGAAAAUAGAAAUGAAAGGUAACAGUACAAAUAUUAAUGUAUUCGUUUCCAUCGAUCUUGUAUAUAAUGGCUAUAACAUUAAUAUCUAUAAUAGAUUAUAGGUAGUAAAUGUAACAACAUAUUAUAUGUAAGAUAUUUUUGUACAAAUAUUCUUCAUCCUACAGUUUUUACAUUUACCAAAGUUUUUACAUUUAAUACUUUUUUACUAACAUUGUCUAUGACAACAAUGUGUUGUAACAAAAGUGUUAAAUACUAAGGCAUACAAAAUACAAGAUAAUUUAUUUACUGCACAGAAUUAUUAAAGAAUCUCGAUUAACUUAGUUUAAUUUCUAUUAGCAUUAUAGACAUCAGUUCGUAUAACAUAAGUGAGAUAUAUAUGUAUAUAUAAAAAAAAAGACAAUGAAAAUUGACGACAAAGUGUAUAAUCUUUGAAAAGAUUUAUAUAUCUGUAAUUUAUAGUCAUCAAUAAUUGUGAACAAAAAAUAAGUGUUAGACAUGUUCUUUUUUUUUUUAUAUAUCUUAUCUAUUAAAAAUACUUCUUGUUAAAUAUUUUCACUUUUAGGUAAAAGUAUUUGUUUUCUUUUAUUUACAUACUUACGUAUAAACAGUAAAGAGUUCUGCGUAAAAGCGACACAUACAUAAGCAUUCUUUUAAAUUUAUAAAUCAUUUACUUCUUUCAUCAUACAUUUUUACUUUAAUCAAUAUUUUAUAUAAUAAUAUCAGUAUUAUGUCAUAAUUAAUAUUUUAUGUCAUAAUUAAUAUUUUAUGUCAUUUCAUGUCAUAAUUAAUAUUUUAUGUCAUAAUCAAUAUUUUAUGUCAUAAUUAAUAUUUUACGUCAAUUAUUAUUUUAUGCCAAUCAAUAUUUUAUAUCACAAAGAUGUUCUGAUUUUCUGGUUUUUUUUAUAUAUAUAUUUUUAUAUUUUUUUUUUUUUAAAUAUCUUUCAAUUUUUAUAUUAUAAAU